GAGAUUGAUCAUUUUUACUUCUGCCUUUGUUUAAUGUGCAAUCAAUACGCAUUAUUUAUCUAUGCAGUUACAUCGUCCAGACAUUGCUUAGGAUUUGAUGGUAAAUCUUACAACGUUGGCGAUGUUUGGAAACUCACACCUAACAGCCAGUGUUCGUGCACGGCAGAAUUACUAAUCCAAUGUUCCUCGAGUAUUGUCUUCACAUUGAAGCCUUUAAAACCAACCACUGUAUUCAGAGUCUGUCGAGACAACGAGCAGCGUAUUCGUAAUCCUGGAGAUGAAUGGUUAAACGAUCCAACGACAAAGUGUACCUGUUCUCGAGAUAAAUUCGUCCUAUGUGCCAUUCUAAAGGAGCCAGUUUGUAUGGACAGCAGUGGUAAAAUUAAAAAAUACCAAGAGACGUGGCUCAAGAACGACUGCAUUAAGUGCGCAUGUAUAAAUGGCAGUAUUAACUGCACCAGAUAUGAGGUCAAUGUCACCUAUGGUUUGUUUGAAGUGAAGACUUAUCCAAUAUGCGAGCUCUGUUGGCAUACCUUUGAAAAUGAUUCAUCUGAAGAUUGUAAAGGUGAAGAAAGAAACUAAUGGAAGAAGUAUCGAUCAUUAAUGGCUAAACAUUUUCUAUUAAAGCAUAUAUGCUAUUUUUCCUGUAAAUUUUUCAUUCCAUUAGGGAUGUCAUAUGAUUAACUGAAUGCUGAGUACAGUAUUACUGUAGCCAUUAAAAAUACGCUACUGUCUUUUGACUGCACAUGUAAAAAAAUGAAGCCGAACUCUGUUUCGCCGUAAAACGUGUAGAAGCUCUUCUCGACGUCUUAGAAACAAAGAAAUUUUAAAAAUAAGUUGUAAUUUUGCAAAUAUUUUAAACAGAAUACCUACAGCGCUUAAGUAAAAUUUCAAAUGAUAUAACUAGGAGGGAUCCUUUAAUUUAUCUGAAAGGUCCCUAAUUUGAACUACGUAGAAAGCGUUAAUACCGUCCUUUAUGUUUUGACAACUCCCUUCCUUUAACAAGUCCUUAUUUCCAAUUUUUUCCUAAAGCUUUUUUGGGAACUGCCAGUCAACAAAUGCGAAGACCAGCGAUGUUUAAAUGCUUCACCGGAGAUCAUUUUAUCUGGGACAGUCACAGGUGCAACGGAAUCUUUGAAUGUCCGGACGGAUCUGACGAAACAGGCUGCGAAGAUAGUAAGACAUUCUAAAAAUAUUUUUAAGGUCUUGGUAAAGGAAGACGAGGCGCCCACAUGCAGAAAAAAAUUCUUGUCGCGCGAGUAUUUUCGCUACAAAGGCAAGUUAUAUAUCAAAUUAAAGCUAAAAGACUAAAUUACCUUAUAAAAGGUUUUAUUCAUCGAAUUUCGAAAGGCGCUCAAGUUUUUUGCUCUUGAACUCAGAGGUAUCGAGUUUACUGCUUUCGCGUUGUUAAAUAUUCACUUCCUUUUUAUUGCAUCUGAUUGACAGAUAACAGACCUAAAAAAGGGUGUAUGUGAGGAAAUUUUGAUUUUUACGUCUAAAAUAGAGUGAGUGUCACGCAAUAGACAGGGACUGUCAAUCACUUUUCGCGCGCAACGCUUGGCGGGAAAGAGAAAAGGCUCAUUUUAGAAGGGUUAAAAAGCACUUUCUGAUUUUCUUUUUCUGCCAAAAUAAAAUUUAGGACCCACUCAUGCCAAAAAUCCAAAAAAAGCAAAAUCGAGCUAUGUACUAAAAUUUUCAUUUACCGAGACCUUAAAGAGAUAUUGUUAUUGGACAUACCUUUACCACUCUCAGAGCUAGUCUUGCAAGUCAUCAACUAAAGCAAAAGUUAAUUGCCGCAUUUGAAUUUGUUAAUUGACUAUUCAAUGCUUUUAGAGCGGCUAGGAAAAGGUGAAUUCGGUUAGGAAAACGGUUGAACAUUAUCCACUUAAGAUGGCUGGACCCGGGAUUUUGGAGGGACACCUUCCACCUUUUAAUGUCUUAUAUACUUAAACAAAUUGAUCUUUAUUGUAAAAAAAUUAUAACACAUUUAUUACAAGAGAAUAAGGUGCGGUUACACACACCACGGUAAAAGACACCUCCCAAGGUAAAAAAUGCCGCAGUAAAUUCAACGUGGGUUUAGUUUACCGUGGUAACAUGUGGUGUACCUACAAAAAUACUUGGGCAAGCCACCUUAAGAUGGCGUUUUCUUCCCGGUUCUUCGUUUUUAACAAAUAAGCGGAGCCAUCUAUAAAUAAUAAUACUUGUUGGCCCGAAUUCCUUUUUUAUAAGUAGUGUUCUUUUACCAUCCUUUGUCUUAGAAGUGUGUAAAGAUGAAGAAGGCAGAACGUAUCUUAUCAAAAACAGCAAAUUUGGCUGGCGGGUCUCUCCCUGUUUAAGUUGUCACUGUUCAAGAGGCUUACUGAACUGCAAGAAAACUUUGGAAGUGAACUUUCCAGGAUACUACACCGAUAUUUAUGUGAUCCAGGAAAACUGCACGCAACCUUCUUGCAAAGUUUCACAGUUUCUUCGGAACAAAAAGGACGCGUGUAAAGGUAUUUUUAAUUUAAUCUAAAGCAUUCAAAGAAAUCCAUAUUUUAUUUAUUUUCUUUGUUCUUCAGUUUAUAACAUUUAAGCACAUACCAGAGUAACUAAUAGGAAUUUUAUGCUUAUCCACUUAGAUUGUGACUGGGUAGUCGAUGUUUAUUUUACGGUUUGUCUAAAUGUUUAUGCAAUUAAAUAACUGUUUCUCUAUCUUUUCUUAAAACUACGGCAAAUAGCGCUACAAUUAUGUACGUACCCCUUUUACUAGCGUCGGCCAUUCUUUUGCAUGCUUAUAGCUAGUAUUCGAACGAACUCAGUUUGGUUAGAAUAUUCCUAACAAAUUCCAUGUUGAAACAAGACUAAACAAUAUUGAUGACUUCUGGUUUUUAGCUAUGGAAAUUUUACAAAACAACGGACUACUAUUUGCGGGACAAACGUGGAACUUCAGCGGCUGCACCUUCUAUUUUCCCGGACCCAACGAUGAAGUAGGAAGAAUUUGCCCGCCAAUGGUCAGACCAGUAUGUUAUGUAUACAAUGGAGCAGUUUGCUGUGCGUCAUAUUGUCCAGGUAGAUAUUUUCACCUGAUUGAAAAAACUUUGUCGCUUAAAAAGUAUAAAAUUAUGAACAACGGGACAUAAUGGAUUUAUGGGUAGAAUUUAACUUUAUCAUUAGCAUUGCAAAAUUUAAAGUUCUUUGCAGAAAAGUUUAUGUUAUCACGACCUAUCACAGCUUUUCGGUGAUGAUGCAUUUCAAAAAAAGAUCUGAAAAGUUUCCAUUUUUAUUGCCGGUAAGCUUACAACUUCACCUAAACAGAGCACAUCUGGGAUCCCUGGCUACAGUAAAAGAGCUUAUCCAUAUUGGUAACGCACACUUGAAAAUCUUAAGAUAUGACCUAGGAGCAUUCUUGGAACGCAUAAAAGACAACGGCAUGAUAAAGUACUCUAGGGAUUUGCAUCGGCACGAACAGCUCGUGAUAAUGUUAACUUUUGCUGAAAGAACUUUGAAUUUGCUUUGCAAACGAACGUAUACCCAUAAAUCCUUGAAGCCUCACGGUUCAUUUGAAGAGACAAAGUUUUUUCAAUUAGGUAUGAAGCUUUUGCAUUUUGCUCUCUAAUACCAUCACUUAGCUUUUCCAGCCCCUGAUGAAGACUAGUUUUGUCUAGUCGAAAUAUUGGGCAAAUAAGUUUGUAAACCUUAGCUGCCCGAUCAGCCUUGUCUUCAAUUUUAAGUUUAAUACCAUCAACUGACGUGAUACGACUCAUUUUGACACUGAAAAUGACUACCGCACAGGUUGUCGAAACGUCAGUCACUGUCAACAACAAACGUCCUAUUCAGGACUACCUUCUCCCGGAUGAUCAAACUCAACCUAAUUUUGAAAUGACUCCUGGGUUCACACCUUUCACAGUUUAUAAGUUGACUCCCAAUAAUUUUCAGUCUCUUUUUUUACGAUAACUUGAAACCCAUGAGCGAUUGGUUCUAAACUCUUGUUGGCCUUGUCACGCAUAAUGAGCAAAAUUACUCAGCUACACGCAGAGAGAAUCGAAUUACAAUGUUGGACGCCAGUGCUUAUCGAUUAAAAAAUAUACGGGAGUUCUGUUUUAUCUUGUCAGUUUGAUUCGGAACACGCAUGUCCCCAUUAGUUCUCCAACAACUUAAGUACUGAUUAGUCUUUAUUUGUUUAGUAUUGGAGCAAGUUUCAAAGCAAAUGAGAGGAAAUCUGUCAUUUUGCCCAAAUAGCCAUCAGCUGGUAUCCUCAGAUAUCGACAAUGAAUGUAAACUCACCUAUUGUUUUCGUAAUUAUUCCAUGAUAAGCUGCAAAACAGGUAAGAAAUGUAUGUAAAACAUAAAUAACUAGUCUAACGUCGCCUUAAUAUCAGGAGUGUAGGCUGUCACGGAGCUGGCUUGAAACUUAAGUCACUAAACACAAAAUAGAUAACAGCCUCUUUUAUCCAAGGAAACACAUAGUCGGUAUAUGGACACGUGUUUCAAAAUCUUUCACUCUUUAAUUUAUAAAGACUAAAUACAGUAAUAGCAACAGCACCAAAAACGAUGCUUGUAAUCAGGCUCGAAAAGCCGGCCCGCAACACUUAGUUGCAAACAGUGGAAAUAGGACUGGGUGGAGUACAAUUCGGUCUGUAUUAACAAAAUACGCGGUCGUCCAAUAAGUUUGAUCACGAGUAUAAUUACAGACCGAAAGUUCUGUUACCAAUUAAUCAUAACCAUAACAAAAUUUGUGACAUUUUAAGCCUUUUAAAAAUUAAAACACAAAAUACUCGCGGUUUUUUGCAAGCAGUGAAAAACAAAAUCAUUCAAGUGCGCGUGCGAUAGCGCACCCUGUCCAAUUACUUAGGCAGGACGCGAACUUGUUUUUCUUAAACUGUCCCAUCAGUGCUGACAGGAACAGCUGGCAGCCAAUUAGAUUUGAGAAUUUUAUAUUUUGCACAUGCCAUCUUUGACACAAUCUUAUCAACAUCUUUUACUAGUUUGUGGUUUUGUGCCUUGCUACUCGCAUGUCCUGGUCUUGUGACUAAUCACAAGACAAGAAACAUUCGUUAAUUAUUUCAUGUGAUCAUAGUUUUCUCAGUUUGCAAGCGUAAAAUAAAUUCAGAAUGCGUUUGUUCAAUUAUUUAUUUUACGGGUCCUCUUUAAGCCAUAACAUGUCAAGAUGAAGAGCUAAACAAGUAUUUUGAAGGAGCCACUUGGUCCGUUGGUACCUGUGUUCAGUGUUCUUGUCAAAAUGGCGUUAUCAAAUGCACAAGAACAAUAUCAGUAUUAUCGUCAAAGAAUUUUGAAGGAAGGAUAACCGAGCACUGUAACCAGACAGAGUGUAAUGUGGUGCGUUAUGUGCAAGAAAACAAAGCCAAAUGCAGAGGUAUGGCUACCCUCUAAGAAUGUUAUAAUAAUAAUGAAAAUUUGGGAUACUAUUGAGGGGGAUGUUGAUGUCGUUGUUGUUGUUGUUGAUGAUGAUGAUGAUAGCAAUAAAAAUACAAAUUAUAGUGAUAGUGAUGAUGAUUAUGACAAUAAUAAUAAUGAUGAUGAUGAUGAUGAUGAUGAUGAUGAUGAUGAUGAUGAUUAUGAUGACGAUGACCAUGAUGAUAAUAAUAAUAAAUAAAUAAACAAAUAAAUAAAUAAAUAAAUAAAUAAAGCGGGACUCUAAAAUGGUCCGCUCCUAGGCAAUACAAGACCAUGUAAGCUGCAUUUUACAUUUUUUCAAGAGUAGGAACCAAAAAUCCCUACCAGACUAACCAUCAACCAGAAACGUAAAUUCGUAACACAAACGACGACUGCACUAAUCAAAUGUUACAAAGGAUGCUCUUUUCUAGGUCUACUGAGUCUCAUACCCUAUCAUGACAGACUGUCGAAUUCAUGAAAAUUCAGCCCCCCCCCCGCCUCCCACCCCCGAGAGAGUACUGAAAUGAGUUGCCCCGUUUUCUGGGUACUCACAGCUAAAUUUGUUGUUUAACUUCAUCUUUCAUUUUCUAUUCGCAGUAAAAGUGAAGGUUGAUGGGAGAAAGCCGAGUGAUAAUUGAACUUGUCUUGCCACAAGAUCACGGGCCAUUUUCAGUUUUGCACGCCGGAGUUAGUUAAGCAAUGAACGAUUAAUAGCGGCCGCUGCAAUAAUUGUUUGUAAACAAACACAUCUUUUUAUAGCUUGUAGAUGGAAUGGUAAAGUCUUUUAUGGUGACGAUCAUUGGGAAGAUGACGGUGUAGACUUUUAUUGUCUUCAAGACCCCAGGCAUGAGAUGACUAGGCCUGGUUGCUAUUUAGGGAAGAGAAGAGCUACGGUUUGCACAGGAGCUAUAAGAGGUUAGGAAAAAUCCCCUGCGGAAAGUAUUUCAGGUAUUUACCAGUGUGUGACGUCACAUUUACGCUGUGCUGUCUGAAGCUGACUAAGAAAAAAGGGCAAGUCAUCGAUGUUCAAGGAAGCCACGAGGCUUAUUACACAGCAACUGACUUACUUAUGUUAACAAAAUUACAUGAAGCGACAAAGGCGAGACAGCUGAUAUAAACUUCAGUGACGUUAAAUAUUUUAAGUCCGUUUUGAAAUGUUUCAUAUCGCUGAUUUUUCAGGUUUGAAUAAACUCCAUUUAAUAACCAAAGGCGAGUUAUUCUUGUGUGAUAGCGGUGACGAGAUAGUAUGGGGCGAGGAACGAUGUGAUCUAAGGAACGACUGCUAUGAUUUAUCUGAUGAGAAGAACUGUUCUAACCGUAAGUUACGACUGUAAAAUUAAAACUCAUUGAAGCAACAACUUAAUAACACUGCGCUGUCAGUAAAAGGGGUUCCCUUAAAACAAAAAAAUCUGUUACAACAAGUUGAACUACCAAACGUCUAUAAAUGUUCGAAAAAUCUCCCUCUAAAAAUUAUGCUUCUGGAUCUAAGGCGAUUACGACUGGCUAAUUUUAAUCCAUUAUUUUUAAUCCUUGGGCCGUAUCUGCCCUCUUCAACAACUUGAAAAUAACAAUUUAUGGUUAUACAUACCGAAAAAAUUGUUCCACCAUAGGGUCAGACGUCAUUGUCCCGAAAGACGGUCAUCUUGGAUUUUGGUGAAAAAUAUCAUACACUAUAAAUGUAUGGUAGCAGGUUUCGCUGCUCUUCGGAAACUUGCUUCAUGUUGUAAUUGCUAAGUCUUUUUCCCACAGUUUAAACAUGUGAAAUUUCAUAAUUUUUUAUAUUCACUCUCCUUGGUAACAUCAAAGGGUUUCAAGGGUCAACCCAGCUAAGGCGUCAUACCCCCUUUUAGAAUGCUAUUAUUCCAUCAGAUUCGGCCUUAUUAUUUUAGUUAAAGGGUCCGGUGAGACUUGCUAUGGGGAAAAUCUUCCGGCCAAAAAUCGCUCUUCUACACAUGUGUAUGUUUUACCCGUUUCAGAUUUCUGUCAGUCCGAGAUAAAGUUUGGCGUGCAGUGGCCUCGAACAAAGACAGGCGAGGAAGUAGCAGUAGAAUGCUCAUUAGCUGAUUCAAUUUUGACAGGUACAAUAGCUACAUGUAUUAAUAGACCUUUGUCAUUCCACCGCUGGCGCUAUACUUGUUGGUUUUUACUUUUCUCUUGCAUUGUCACCGCCCAUUUUGUAGGAUGUAUUCAAAGCUAUAUUACUUCUUUACACUGUACCAUUCUAUAAAUUUUAAUGUAGUUGUUCAUAUAAACAUUGUCUGAUCUUUGUUUUGUCCAACGCCGCCGACAGUCAAGCUUAAUUUCUAUUGUUUUUUUCCGUUAUUAAGCAAAGAGAUCAAAUUUUUCCGUGUGGUUUUUCCUUCUCUUUUGCAUUGUCACCACGCACCCUACAUUUUUUUAAGGAUCUAUUCAAAGCUAUAUUACUUCUUUACACAGUACCAUUCCAUAAAUUGUAAUGUAAUUAUUCAUAUAAUCAUUGUCUAAUCUUUGUUUUGUCCAACAUGGCUGACAGUCAACUUAAUUUCUAUUAUUUUUUCGGUUAUCAUAGAGGAAAGAAAUCACAUCUUGCCGUGUGGUUCUUUAAUUAUAGAUUAGAGAAAACCUAAAAAUGCAGUAAGAAUAAAUAUGUGGCCAACGAGCGAGCGAGGUGGUUCUCUUCAAUGAUCCGUAAUUGAACAGAAAACAAAAAUGACAUAAAAUAGGAUAUAUUUAUUACAUGCUUGCACUAAUAACAUAAACACGCAUAGGACAGACGUGUUAUUGCAAUUUGGUGACCGUAACGGUGCAGUCUCCAAUCACUAGUCUCAAACAUCCUUAAUUUAUACAAAUGUAGGCUCAUUUAGCAGUAAGUGCAGAACUAAUGGGAGACUUGGAACAACUUGGUUUCACAAGAUCACGUGCGGUUGUGAACUAAAAGCCUUGGUGGAUUAUUUCAGAGAAAAGGUAGGACGUUACUACAGUUGUUUUUGAUAGGAAAAUAGUAUGUUUAAUUAAUAUAUUUAUAAAAAAUGACAAAUAUCAGUUCCUCACAAAUCAAAAACGCUUGUCUUUAGUUCUUACCAUCCUGCUAGUAUGACUCUUCAAAGGGGACGUCUGGUUCCGUCCCUUCUCGAAUUUGCAGCAAAGAGCAUUAAAGGUUUGGUUUUUGAUUUUGGUGUACUUCAUUACCGGGUUCUCCACCAAUUGUAAGGGCUUUUUUCGGAGAAGUUGUAACUAAAGGAUAAUUAAUUGGUUUGUGAUUUCUGGUGUACUUGAUGACCGAGUUCUCCACCAGUCGUAAGGGACUUUUUUGGAAAAGUUGUUAGUAAAGAACAAUUAAUUUCUCGUGUUAUAAAACUAGGCGAGUUCAGUUGUAAUUUCGACGUACCUGAUGACUGGCAUCUCCUCGGGCAAUCACCUACUAAUUGUAUUCGCUUAUUGUAAUUGAAACAAUAGUGGUGGAAUUCAAUAAGUCUUCCAAUUAUUACAUAGAAACAAGAAACAAUCUUUCUCUUAAUUAUUCGACUGCGUAAGUUCAAGAGACAGCGUUAUGGCUAAUCGUGAAAGGAAUACUGAGCAACCAGUACCGGGUGAACUCUAAUCAACCUCUCAUAAUUAUUUCUUGCGCUUUAAGAUUCUACCUUUUUACUUAGCAGCCGUUUAUUUCAGCGUUCCUAGAUGAUUUAUAUAUUGGCUGAGUGAUUUUAGAGAAUGGGGAAAUUUACUCUGAGCGCGUUUAAUUGACCGUGAGCCGGAAUAAGACUGAAUUUAACGUUCAAGAAUAUCAUUUCGUUACAAAUCUCGUUCAAAAUGACAUAAUUUAAAAAGAGUGGGAUGUUACAUACACCUUAAUACUGUUAUUCCACCAAUUUGGAGAUGUACCGAUACAAUGAAUGCUUCUACGAUUUAUUCCAUUUGUGUUUCUUGCUGAAUACUGUUAAACAAACAAGCCCUGCUUUUUACAAAAGCCAAGAAUAAUAUUCUUUUGGUGCAAUCUUUUUUUUGUUUCAGAUUCAGAGAACUAAUACCACAAAUAUACUGAAUAUAUCCACGGAAUUUGUGAAUUCAUAUGGUAGAUUCAAGAACAAAGACGUUUUACUUGAGAUGAUAAAUGAUAUGUUUGCUUCUGUAAGAAGAGUUAUUUCUCCAAUUACACGACGCAAUUCGGAUAAGGCCGUACAACUUUGCGAGGUAAGAGAUAAGAGAAAACUUUAAGGAGCUGGAGCAGAUAAGGUAAUUAUCUUUAAUUAUCUGCUUCAAUUAGUAUAGUUUGCGAAACUUUGAUCGCAUUUAUAGAAUCAGAGACAAAGAAGACAGCAACGAAAAUAGGGGAAAAAUUAGUCGGAGAAAUCAGCCAAAAACAGCGGACAACAACAACACAAAAAGACUUUAACUUACAACAAACGCCAUUGUGGUGAAGCUGUUGUAUCUUGACUAAAUUUAAUUUUUUUUUUUUUCUCAUUCACAAGCAAUUUAUACAUAAUUAAAGCGAAUCAAUAUUGUUCAAUUUUUUGAAGUAGAAACAUUUGCUUUACGAUCCCUUAUUAUUCAUUUUUUUGUCUCAUUCAAAAUUAAGCUAUCCUUGUCCACAAAUCUACAGCUUUUCUUUAGGAAAAAAAAAAAAAACGUUAAAAAAUACUAGGAUAAAUCAACCUACUAGAUAAGAUCAAUCUAGGGAAAACCUGAUGAUCCUGUAAUAAUUUAAAAAUAAUAUUCCAUAUGAUGGACACCACCUACGUGGCACUUAUCGUAUCCCUUACUACUAUAAACCAAUCGUCCCUUAGGUUUUGAAAAACAUGUCUUACAAAAUAAGAAGGACCAAAAUUAGAGGAGAACAUGCAGGUGGCAUCCAUCUCCCUGCUACAAUAUUUCUUUGAUUUUUUUCUUUUCACGGGGAUUCUAGUCAAGGUAUGUUCAAAUUAUGAGCAACUACCCUUUUCUUUUACAUAAAAGUUUCCCACGACAUGAAGACCUAAAUUUCAAGGCAAAUCGUAGACGAAAGGCGACAUGACUUUUAGGAUUUGAGGUGCAACUUUUUCUCAAUCAAAAUGGUGCACUUGAAAAUAUUUAUGCCUCUUACUCAACUUUUAUUUAUGGCCUAAUACAACCACAAAGAUUCUUUCACUUUUUCAAUGCAGUCUGAAUUCUUCGUUGCUCCUAUUUACUCUGCAGCAAAUCAUAAAACUGUUACUUGACGAUGGUGCCUUUUAUGCAAGUCAGUAUGACUGGACCGCGUUUUGUCAGCAGCCUGAUUUGGUAAGCGAUCCUUGUUUUCAACAUGUUUUUUACCUUUAUGUGUAAUCUUAAUAAAAGAUUGAAGCUCUUCAGCGAUGUCUUAAUCAAAAGACUGUCUCUUGUUUUCCCGCCAAAAAUUAAAGUUGUCGAAACAUUAGUCACUGUGAGGUACAUUCAGGGCCUGAAAAUAUUUAAAGUACUUCACAAGGAACUACAUUCACUCCUUCAUUUUCCCUACUUAUGAAAUAACUUCUGAAUUCAACCAAUUACAGGCUCAAGCAAGGUAUAACCUUAUUAGCAGAGUUUUGGAAUUUCUCCGCACAGCUCCAACCAACACUCAAGCUUACACCAUGGGUUUAACUUACGUGCCAAGAAACAUGAUAAAAAAUCUUGGGUAAGUUUUACAAGCAAUAAGCUGACGAGAGAUAUAGUGCAAUUUUGUGAAGAAAAUAGGUGAAUAAUAGUGGAGCUCCACGCGCGCGCGCGAGUGGAGGCCGAUAGGUAAGAAAUUAUUUUUACCUAUCGAUCGGAGCAAUUUUGGUAGUCACCCGACCGUACGUCCGUCCGACGGACCGUCCGCACCACAGAGUAACUAAUGUAAAAUCUCACACUUUCAAAACAGGCUAUUCACUGACCAAUAUCACAUGACCGUAUCGCGGACUCAGGUGUCGGCCCAUCGAGGUUGCUACAUGUAGUGUUCAACUGAUCGUAGGCUCAACUCAAAGUGGAUUUCUUUACAAUGGUUACAGGUUUAUUGUUUGA